AUGUCCGCUGGGCUCACCCUGCCGCCGUCCCCAGGUACAGCCUGUACUCCCGCACCCGCCUCCUGCCACUCCAUCCCCCAGCCCGUGGCCUUCGGUGCGGUGAAAAUCCUGCCCAUCCCCGUGCUCUCCAACAACUACAGCUACCUCGUCAUCGACACAAGCUCUGGGCGAGCGGCUGUCAUCGACCCUUCUGACCCGCUGGCUGUGCAGGCUGUCAUUGAAGAAGAGGGGGUGCUGCUGGAGGCCAUCCUCUGCACCCACAAACACUGGGACCACAGCGGGGGCAACGCGGCGCUGCGCCAGCAGCACGGUUCCUGCAAGGUGUACGGCAGCGCCCUGGACGCCGUUCCGGAGCUCACCAACCCGCUCGCGCACAAGGAGAGGCUGAGCGUGGGCUGCCCGCGCUUCGGGGCGCUCGCCACCCCCGGGCUCUUCGAGGGCUCCCCGGAGACCAUGCUCGCCUCCCUGGACGCGGCCGUGGGCCUGGGAGAGGACACGCUGCUGUGGCCAGGUGAGCGUCCCUGGGACAUCGGGCGGCCCGAGCCGCGGGGGCUGGCGCGGAGCAGCGGCGAGUCCCGCGACGCCUUCCGCGCGCGCGUCCUCAAGGAGGUGCGCAGGCGCAAGGACCUCUACAAAGCCACCUAGCAGCCCUCCGGCUGGGGGACCCCCGUGCUGCUCGG